UUUUAUUUUACUUUGGUAUCAUCCAGUUAUGAGAAUCAGGAAGCGUUUUCCUCCUCCUUCAGAAUCAGAUCCCCAACUCAAUAGGCCGGUAGUGGUGCAACAACUGAAACGUGAGAUAAAUCCUUGCCCAGAAACCACAAAGAACGAAUAUUUACCGUCUGAUCUUCCAAAUCUAACUAUUUCACAGCCGUCUGAUCAACCGGCGGUCUCUAGAGGCAAAGCAACGACUUGGGUUUUCUUUGGUGGCAAUAGUAAUCAACAGAAAAUGAAAGAAAAAGAUGUGGAAGCUGAAGAUGAGAAAUUAUGGAGAGAGAACGAGAAGAGUUUUGGUAGUAAUGACAAUGAUAACAAUAAGCAAAGCUUUUCAACAACUCCACAACUAGGUUCUUUGUUUCCACAGCCAUCUUCUUCAUCUGAUCUAGAUGGGAGAUGGUGUGAAGGAGAUAAAGUAAUUCCAUUCAAAAAGAGAAGAGACAGCUACAACCACACAAGCAAUAUUAACACAAUAGAGGCUAAGAUGAAGUCAAAGACUAACAAGAAAUGCCCACAAGAAAAUGAUCAAGAGGAGAAAGAGGGGGGAAAUGGACUAAUUACUAAAGAGGGUUUUGGUGUAAAUAAGAAGAGCAAAAGAGGGAGUGUUAUAUUAGAGGGAUCAAGGUGCAGUCGUGUAAAUGGGAGAGGAUGGAGGUGUUGUCAACAAACCCUUGUGGGUUAUUCAUUGUGUGAACAUCAUUUGGGAAAAGGAAGACUUAGAAGCAUGACUAGUGUUCGAAAUGCAACGAAGAAGAAACAAGAAGAAGAAGAAGAGGAGAAUCCUUUGUCAAAUGAUAAUAUGGAAGAUCAUUAUGAUGGUGAAGAUGAUAAGAAAAAGCCAUUAAUGAAGAAGAUGAAAAGGCUUGGAGUGGUCAAAGCUAGAUCUUUAAGCAGUUUACUUGGUCAAACAGACAAUGUAGUUGCAGCAUUUGUAGUUGAUAAUAUUAAGAAAGAUUAGCAAAUGAAGACAAUCGGAUAUCAUUUCAUGUACUCAAGAAGCUAUAUGAUGUUCGAUCCUCCAAAUAUGCCGUCGCACUCGUGUCGAAGUUCUUAAAAAAUUAUGCAUUUUUGAAGGAUACCUACACAAAUGUGGCGAGAUUUUUAGAAGAUUCAAGCAACAUAACUUGGAAGAGUUGGAAGUCAUAGUUAAGCUUAUUGUAUAUCUACAAUUUGUGGAGUGUUUUUCUUUAAGACGGAGCUAAGGAUGUUUGCUCAUAGUAUGUUCUUUAAUUGCAUGAAUUUUGUCCAUUUGCUAGCUUUUCUUUAUUACUAAUAAAUGGCUCCUUUAAUGUUCUCUUA